CCAUGGCUGCAUUGAUGGUGACAUAAUUGUUGAUAGGCACCGCUUGAAGCAUGGUUAUACUCCUGAUCCUGAGGGAAGUGGUAGCACCGUCGUGCCGCGACGUUAAAUCAAGCGCUCCUUGGAAGGCAACUCAAGUUUAAUUUCAUGCUGUGUGAUUUAUUUUAUGUGGAUUGUUUUGAUGUUUAUUUGUUAUAGGAAUGCAAAAAAUUGCAAGUCAAUUGAAAGCCAAAGGUUGAAAAGGGGAAGAUCAAUGAACCAGAAAAAAAAUUGCCCCUCAGGUAAAGUGAUCCGUCGCAUUUCAGAGAAUGCGAACGCAGUUGGUCACGCAUAUCCGAGUUAGUGUACCUGGUAAGUAAUGGUGAAAUUGAGGCAAAAUGUGGAACGACAUGCGUCACAUUCUCCCAUCUGCAGAUGAGAAUGUGUCGCAUUUCAUUAACUCAAUCGUGUCGAGACCCGACCCGCAAAGCAAAUUCCCUCUUUAUUUUAAAACAUAAUCUAGGCGGUUUUCAUUCAACCUAAUUAAUUAGAACACAAACGAAAACGACUCUAUCACCCUAAGAAUUCCAACCAUCUCAACUCACGAUCUCACCACCGUAGUAGCUCAUCUCUCUACUCUUGUCUCCGUCGUCUAACAGCAUGACUUCCAGGCGAACCUCACAUCUAAGGGCUGCUAGAAAAAAUGACGAGAAAAAAGAUGCCCCAUCUUCCUUGACAAGAAAUCAACAGGCAGCUGAGUCUGAUUCCUCAUCUGACCUAGACAUAGAAGCCAUACUGAGGCUGUCUAAAGAGGAAGAGGCCCGACAAGCUGAACUUCGCCGGAAAAAGAGGGAGGAUGCCUUUCGUUUCAGUAGGAUCCUUGGGAUAAAAGAAAUGUUCUUAGAAAGCGGAGAGAAAAGAAAUUUCAACGAUGAGAAGCAGUUCAGUUUGAAUGGGUUGAAAGAGAGUUUCCCCAGAGUUUUGGAGCUGAUCAACAAGCAUGACUGGGAUGUGUUCACAGAUCCACCGAGGAAGUACAACCAGACUUUGGUCCGCGAAUUUUAUGCGGUGUAUGUUCCAGCUAUGAAAAAACUCAAGUGGUCGAGACCUAAAAAGCUGCGACACUGCCUCGAUAGUGUUCAAGUGAGAGGUGUUUGGGUUGAAUGUCACGCCAAAGUAAUGAACAAGUAUUAUUUCGCACGUGACUUACCUGUAGCCGAAGAAUUUAACACGAGGAUGGCAAACUAGGAUAGUGAGUUGCAUCGGUGAUCUCAGCCGAAGAAGAGCCAGCAUGGCUGAACCCGAACUUCAAAAUUAAGAGGAAUAGCCUCACCAUUGAGGCAAACAUUGGCUACAUAGGCUAAACUUCAUCACUUGCCGCUUGAUGCCAACAAAGAAUGAAUAGGACAGACUCAUUGAAAAAGAGUCUUGUUAUCAUAUAAAUGUGGGCGAAAUAAUUGCUGCUGAAAUGGGGCAUCGAUCUGACCAUGGUAAUACCUUAUUGCCUUUCCCAUGCUUGGCUACAGGGUUGUGCUUAGUGGCCAAGAUACCCAAACUCCCCCGAAUUGAGAUCGCGAUCGAUGCAUAUGGGGAAAUUGACAUUCUCAACAGCAAAGAUGACAUGAAACCGGCUACAAAGAAAAGAAAAGGAGAGUCAUCCCAUGCUAGAGGGCCCGACACUAAGAUUAAGCGCUUGGUAAGGGGCGAGAGCGAGGCAGUUGCUACUGCUUUUAACAGAACCCGUCAGAGACUCCAUCCACCUCCUACCCCUAUUUGAGGCCUGAUCAAACUCUCUCGCAGGAGCGAUUGCUACAAAUGGCCAAUGUUACUGCUCUUCACAACCAGAAGCUGAAUAAUUUGGUGGUGUUAGUCCCGAAAUGGAUAGAAAAAGCUCUUGUGCCCAUCCGCUUGUCCAUAGUGAAGCUCGAAGCAAGGGUUGACAGCCUUGAGGCGAAGAACAGAAACAACGAUAUUGCAGACUUUAGAACUGAGUUGAGCAAAGUUAAAAUAGAUAUUCGGUUGCUCAAGCCUGACUUGAGAAUAUUUGAUAUCCCAGUGCCACCACCAGUAAAUGUGACAGAUGAUACGACUCAGCUUGUCAAGGAGUGCAGGGGGGCCUCUGAUUCAGAGACAGAUGAAGAGAUUGAGAAUACAGAUGAGCCUGCGAAAGGAAAGAAAGUUGUUGAUGAGGUGAUCGAGGUAGCAGGGGUAGCGGAGAUGCCUGAGAAAGCAUAGAUACAGAUUGCGACAGCCCAGUCCAUAGAGAAGUAUGCUGAUAGGCUAAAAAGAGUCGGAUCGAGCUCUCAGGGAGCUACUAAGCAGUUGUCUUAAGAUGGCAGCUGAGACAUCCCGAUCUCUCUAUUACUCCAGUAGCACACUCAGAUGCAGCAGUCCCUUUUGCGCAGUCAUCGCCUGCAGCUCUUG